CAACUUUUCACCAUUCCCUCUUUCCCGCGCACAUUUCCCUCGAAGCUCUAGCAACACACAUUCUCACACGCAGCCGCAGCAUACACAAUGACGGCCGCCUCUGCUAGCUCCUCUUCCACCAACAUCCACACUUCUCCCCAUCCACCGCUCCAUCUGCCCCGGGUGACGCUGCCAACGUUUCUCUUUGCUCCGCUACACUCGACCUCCACAUCUGCAUUCACCACCCCAUCCUCCCCGCGUCUCAACAAACCCAUCCUGCAUCCACCUCCCUCCGAGUCCACCGUAUCCACUCGAUCUCGAGCGACGCCUCUAUCGCUCGCGCAGGUACGGGACCAAGCUUAUGCGCUCGCUGCUGGAUUGCUGGAUGACAAAGUUGCCCAGUCGUUUGGCUUAAAGGAAGGAUUGAGCAAGGGCGAUACCGUCGCAUUGUUCAGCGCAAAUCAGGUCAGUCCUUGAUGAACCGCGCAUGUAGACUCGUAGCCGCAGAUGCAAGUCUG